GGGCUCAUCCUCAGCCCGCUCCCCGUCGGCGCGUGGGCCGUCGUCUGCCUCACCGCCUCCGUCGUCACCCGAACCCUAACCUUCGCCGCCGCUUUCUCCGCCUUCACUAACGAGGUGAUCUGGCUCAUCGUCGUCUCGUUCUUCUUCUCUCGAGGGUUCGUCAAGACCGGCCUUGGCGACCGGAUCGCCAUGUUCUUCGUCCGGUGCCUCGGUAAGAGCACACUCGGUUUAUCGUACGGCCUCGUUUUCGGCGAACUCGCCAUUUCUCCUGGAAUGCCGAGCUCCACUUCCCGAGCCGGCGGAAUUUUCUUGCCGAUUAUUAAAUCUCUCUCGUUGGGUGUCGAUAGUAAGCCGAAAGAUCCUUCCUCUAGAAAGAUGGGUGCAUAUCUAAUUCAAUCUCAAAAUCAAUCCAACAAUAGCACGAGCGCGAUCUUUCUGACGGCAUCUGCCCAAAACAUGUUGUGUAUCAAACUAGCCGAAAGCGUCAGCGUACCGAUUCCGAAUCGGUGGAUUACUUGGUUCAAGGCGGCUUGUAUUCCCGGUAUCGUCUCUCUCUUGGCAACUCCGGUUAUUUUAUAUAAAAUAUAUCCACCCGAAAUAAAAGUCACCCCCGAUGCUCCCGACAUGGCUAAACGGAAAUUGGAGCAAAUGGGACCCGUCAAAAGGGACGAGUGGAUCAUGAUCUUAACCUUGCUUCUCACAAUCGCAUUAUGGAUUGCAGGAGAAGCUAUCAACAUGGCGAGCGUUGUUGCGGCAUUGAUAGGUUUGGCUAUACUUCUUCUACUCGGAGUUCUCAACUGGGACGAUUGUUUGAGCGAGAAACAAGCAUGGGACACGUUGACUUGGUUUGCCGUUCUAGUCGGAAUGGCCACACAAUUGACGGUACUUGGUGUAGUACCGUGGAUGUCUAAAUCGGUGGCCGACUUUCUCAAGUCCCAUUCGAUUAGCUCGCUCGGUGCGUUCGGCAUACUUCAAACGUCGUAUUUUUUCAUCCACUACUUAUUCGCUAGUCAAACCGCGCAUGUUGGAGCCGUUUACGCGGCUUUUCUUUCCAUGCAUUUGGCUUCGGGAGUUCCCGGUUUGUUAUCCGCGUUGGCUUUGUCUUACAUCACGAAUCUCUUCGGUACGAUUACUCAUUAUAGUAGCGGUCAAGCUGCAAUUUACUAUGCAGGUAUUUUUUUUUAAUAUACUAGCAUUUUUUUUCCGUGCGAUGCAUGGGAUCGUAUUUUAAAAGAAAGAAAAAAAAAGAUCAAUUUAACAAAUCAAAUUUUUAUAUUUAUUUCUUAAGAUUUGAGAUAUAUUGAAGAAAAAUAGGAGAUUGAAGCCGGAAGGAUUCUUCACGAUUCAUUGUCAAUUUUGAUAAUUGUUCAAAAUAUAGUUAGAAAAUUAGUAAGAAAUAAUAAAAAUAAAUAAUUACCGAAAUGC